AUGACUCGUCCACGCUUGCGUGACCCGGAGCAAGAUCGACCGUUUGCAUGUCCCGUGCCAAUGUGUGGUGGUCGAUUCCAUCGAAAGUUUACAUUGCAUGAACAUUUCAAGACUCACACGGGUGAACAGCCGUACGAAUGCCCCAUUCAAUCCUGCAGUAAGCGCUUCAGCACGUCUGGUAAUCUGGCACGUCACAAGCGUCUUCAUUCACUGCACAGGAUGGAGUGUCCAGCACCUGGAUGCACACGUAUCUUCACAAACAAGGACAGACUAGUCAAGCAUCAAAAGGUGCACAAUGGAAGCUCCAUCCAUACAUGCCUCGUUGGUGGCUGUGGCAAGACGUUUAGUACGGCCGGUAACCUCACGCGACAUAUGAAGACACAGCACUUGUCAGUGCCACCACUUCGAGCCACUUCGAUCACCUCGCGAAAACAGCAACAAUACUUGCAACCCUCUCAGCUUUUACAGCAAGUGACGACCAAGGAACUGUCUUCUAUUCUAUCAAUGCGAGGGUCACCGUGUCAUGAGAUUCCUGUCGACAUGAUGACAUUCUUGCCUCCGAUCGAGGACCAGCUACAGCAGUUUUCAUUCCUCAACAAUCCGACCGACCCUGAAGUACUUUCAGAGGAGGACCUGAAACACCUACUCGAGUGUUUAUUCUAA